AUGGCAUCCUCGUCAUCGUCAAAAGUGAGUGUGAAGUUGUUGAUCGACACAAAAGAAGAAAGAGUUCUCUUUGCUGAAGCUUCAAAAGAGUUCAUCGACUUUCUAUUCAACUUGCUUCGUUUACCUGUCGGUACAGUGAUCAGGCUGCUAACAAAAAACGCCAUGGUUGGCUGCUUGGGCAAACUCUACGAAAGCGCAGAGAAUCUGAGCGACGUUUAUCUCAACAACCCAGAACAAGACAGGAACACUUUGCUGAAGCCAAGUGCUCCAUUUGUUUCUGGCUACCUUCUUCCUGCUGCAAGUGAUGAUGAUCAUCAUGAUACCAAUUCCUCAGGAGCCGCUCCAAAGCUCUACAUGUGUGGGAGACGUUGCAAUUAUAACGUGACUUAUGUUAAGGACAGCUCGUGUCGAAGUUGUGGAUAUAGCAUGGGCAAUGCCUUCGUCCCAUGUCCACCAUUUCAACCAUCACUCUGA